UGGAGGGUAUAGACUGUAGGCAACCUCAGACAGGUGGAGGAGACGUCCUCAAGCAUCUGAACUGCACCGUGGUUGGAGCUGAUCAGGCAGGACUGGGCUGGGCUCUGGCUGGGCUGCAGGACUUGCAGAGGUGGCGGCUGUGCACGCUCGGUGCGCGGAUCCUCCUGCAGCUGCUGGAUUCACAGUAUGAUACCAGAUCCAAAACAUGGUUUGGCUGAUUUUCCCAUCAUGAGCCUUUGCAGACAUGCUGGAAACUCAAAUGUGGACUCGGGGAGGACGAAGGAUGUAGUUGCAAUGGAUUAAUGAUGUGUACACAUGGGCUUCGAUUUUUUUCCUGAGAUUAUUGGCUUCUAAUAUUUAUCAGCCUGUCUUGGCCAUGGAGAACCAAGCAGCCGAGCCGCAGAACUAUGAAGAUGUGCAGAAAAGCGGCUAUCUCCGCAAGCAUAAAUCAAUGCACCGGCGAUUCUUCGUGCUGAGGGCGGCCUCGGAGCAUGGUCCUGCUCGACUUGAGUAUUAUGAGAAUGAGAAGAAAUUCCGCAGUAAAUCACCUGUGCCCAAAAAAGUCCUGAACCUGGAGACUUGCUUCAACAUCAACAAGCGGGCAGAUUCCAAGAACAAGCACAUGAUAGUCCUUUAUUCCCGCAGCGAGAGCUUUGCCAUCGCCGCAGACAGCGAGGAGGUCCAAAAUGAGUGGUACCAAGCAAUGCUGGACCUCCAGUGCAACUGUAAAACUCCUGAAGACUAUGGCAGUAGUGGAGAGUGUAGCUCUCCAUCUCCUGUUCCAACCUUCAAGGAAGUAUGGCAGGUCAAGGUUUGGCCUAAAGGUCUUGGACAUGCCAGGAACUUAGUGGGCAUUUACCGGCUGUGCCUAACUGACAAGACGGUCAACUUUGUCAAACUCAACUCUGAUGUGGCAGCUGUGGUGUUGCAGCUGAUGAAUGUUCGCAGGUGUGGCCAUUCAGAGAAUUUUUUCUUCAUUGAGGUGGGUCGCUCAGCGAUUACCGGCCCUGGAGAGUUCUGGAUGCAGGUGGAUGACUCUGUGGUGGCUCAGCACAUGCACGAGACCCUGCUGGAGGCCAUGAAGGCCCUAAGUGAGGAGUUCCGUCAGCGCAGUAAAUCUCAGUCUGUGGGGACGUCGUGUGGAGGUGGUACUGCUUCAAACCCCAUCAGUGUACCGAGCCGUCGGCAUCAUCCGAAUCUGCCACCAAGCCAGGUGGGCUUCUCCAGACGAGCCCGCACAGAGACCCCUGGAACAGGAGGCAGCAGCACGAGCACUUCACCUACUUCACGCCACGGAUUUCCGAGGGCACGGACUGCCAGCAUCGGGGCCAGGUCGGAGGAGGGCGGAGCAAGUGCCAAAGGAACAUGGGCCAGCUCCAGCCCAAGUCUUAAUGGUUCCUGUUCAACUACGCCGACACUGAGGCCCAAGCCCACCAGGGCCCCAACUCCUGCUAAGAUUACCCUCAGCCUUGCACGUUACACGCCUAACCCUGCUCCCUCUCCGGCGCCGAGUCUCUCCUCCAGCUCUGGUCAUGGCUCAGAGUGUGGCCUAGUGGGAGCAGCAGUGGGAGGCAUGAUGAUCUGCUCCUACCCUCGCGUUUCUCAGAGAGUUUCUGUUUCAGGUUCACCGAGCGACUACGGCUCCUCAGAUGAAUAUGGCUCCAGUCCUGGGGAACACUCUCUGCUCGUACCCAAUCUGUCUGGACAUCACGGAGAAGGCUCCUCCAGUUAUAUAGUGAUGGGACAGCGAGAGGGUCUCCUUGGUUCCCAUCAUCGCUCAAAAGGCCGACGGAUUUUGCGGCGCUCAUCCAGUAGGGAAUCUGAGGCAGAGCGCAGACUACUAAGUAAGAGGGCUUCCCUGCCUUUGGCUGCCCAUGAACGACUGACCACACAUAGAAAAGAUGAAGAUGAUGAGGAUGAUGAAGAAUAUGCCAUCAUGUCGCAGAGUGCUAACCGAGAGAGAGCUGAUUUGCACCAUGGCUCAGGGGUGUUGGCAGUUGGAGGUGGGGAUCUUGAUGCAGUAGGGAAAAAUAUGAAGAGGGCUGACAAAAGCAGGCGAGGAGUGGAAGGUGGAGCAGCCGUGGAUAGUGGCUAUAUGUCAAUGUUGCCUGGAGUCACGUCUCCUCCUGUUUCACUCUCUCUCUCGAUAGGUAUGUCUGACACCAGUAAUAAACCUGGGGCAGAUGAUGAGUAUAUGGCCAUGACCCCCAACAACAGUGUCUCCCCCCCUCAGCACAUCGGCCAGCCCAGCACAGAGGGCUACAUGGUCAUGUCUCCCAAUAGCAGCAGCUCCACAGACCUGCACGGAUUGGGCAUGUGGGAUAGCAGGGCCAGCAUGGAGGGCCGGGCUGCAAGUGAUUACAUGAAUAUCUCACCUGUCUGCAGCCGCUCUGCCUGCAGCACACCGCCUUCCCACCCCGAACAGCACCAACUGCAACCAAAAAUGUUCAAUUCCUACUUCUCCCUGCCACGAGCUUAUCAACAUACUCUCUACACUCGCUUUGAGGAGGACCUAAACAAAGGGGAAGGAAAAAAGGACGGCAGUAGGCAUGAUAGCGCUGGAAGAGAGGGGGGAGUGGGAUACAGCAAGAGAAACAAAAUUGCAGCGGGCUCUGCAGGAGGCUGUCAACUCUCCAUGUCUUCCUCUUCCUUCUCCUCCAGCUCAGCCAGCAGUGAGAGCCUGGAAGACAAGUUUAUAUCUGCAGGGAAAGGGUUAAGUGUAGUAAGAACUGGAGCAGAGUACAAGUUUGCGGGAACACAAAAAGAUGGGCGUCAUCAUCAAAAACGUGGAUCAAGUAGUAAGAGCCCAAAGCAACAAAGGAGGGGUGUGUCUUCAGACAUCACUAAAGCAAACACCUUGCCCAGGGUGAAGGAGAAUCUGCUGUCAUCAGUAUCUCAAAACGUUGAUGAGUAUGUCAGCAUUGUGUUCAAUGAGGACAAUAAGUAUGGCGGAGGGCGACGUUCUGGGUCUGAACGUGGACAACCUGUGAUCCAUGGAACCCUCCGGCCUUUGAAUCAACCACUUCUCUGCCAUGAUAAUCCUGUUAAUCUUCCCCGCAGCUUCUCUGCUCCGUUGUCCACCUCCGCCGAAUACGUCACCAUGGAUUUAAGGAAAUCCUCAUCGCCCCUGACUCCUGUUAGAUCCACAUUCAGCGCUCCAAAGGGCCCACCAGCUGUUGCCCCCAAGGCCCGACAUGAACACAGCACGUCCUCUUCUCUGGCAGCAGAGGGCAAUGCCGGGUACAGAACAAAAGCAAAGAUGGCAGCAAUGCCAACAGAUGCCCCUACUCCAUUUAUUGACAUCAAAGGUUCAGAUCCCAGCAUUUCAGCGAGACCUGCCAUCCACUCUGGUCAACCCUCAUCCAUUGAUCAGGAGACAGGCUUGGGUUUUUCCCCUGUCAAGUCCUUCCAUUCUCCUGAGCGGAGCAGCAGAUCGGUCCGAGGUGACCCCCAGGGACGGCAGAGCCACCGUUCAGAGACUUUUAACUCACCUCCCUCCCUACCACGCCACCCACCCUCUUCUACCUCCAUCUUCCCAGAGGGCAGCCAGGCGGCGAGCCAUCGGCAUGGUUUGGAUUGCUCACUGUGGGAGAACAGGCAGGCAGCUAGUUUAUCUGCCACACCUCCACCACAAGCCUCAACCUCAUCUGCUGAACAAGGCCUUAACUAUAUUGACCUGGACCUGGCCAUUAAGGAGAGCCCUCAAGCCGGAGUGGAGCGUACCUCUGCUGCCUACAACAUCGGCGGAAGCGCUAUGGGCUGCAGUGCUGGCUCCGGCCUCAACACUUAUGCCAGUAUUGAUUUCUAUAAGUCAGAAGAACUGAGAGCACACCAGAACAGUAGAAAGGAUGGUCAAGAUUGUUGAGCUUCAUCUUGGAUCUGAGCAUGAUGCCAAUGUGACGGCUCCAAACUCUGUCUGUGAGUGGCCCAAUCUGUUGCCACAACUUAACUGUACACUGGAGUCUGAACACUGAAAAACAAACUCAUCCCCAUCCCGUCGGCUGUAUCUGUCAACCAAAUGUGUGCCAAACACACACACACACACACACACACACACACACACACACUCACAAGGUAAGGGAAAGGUUUUGUUUAUGCCUCGUUUUGAACAUAAAUGAAAUUUGAUCAUCAUUUAACAUAAUAUAGAUAAAGGAUGACAAUUUGAUAUGUGGCGUGUGUGACUUCUCAGGUGGCCAUUAUGGCAAAAAAGUCCAUCUGUGCAUCUUAAUUUAAAACACAUUGUGAUUGGUACAUGGGCCAAUCUAUUGAAGUCUUGUAAAUCAAGGCUUUAAGUGGCAGCUGACUCGAUCUCAGCUGCAUUCUGGAGUGUUUAUUUUUUGGGUCCCAAACUUGAAUGCUGAAGGUUUUAGUUUUAAUAUAUAUUAUCCUUUGUCCAUAUGUAAUAAGUUGAAUGAUCAUCAGGUGUCAUUUUGACCCAAAAUGGAAGGAAAUGCAGAUCGGCAGUGGUUUCAUACACUCAUAUAUGCUGUCACUGUAAACAUAUUUAAUUUAUUAUAUACAGUUGCUAAAAAAAAGCCUAUAUACUUGUUGACCACUUUUCUUGUGUCACUGACGGACUUCAAAAUGUGCUUAAUUUCUGAGGUUUAACAGUUUAUGGAAUUGGCAAAGAAAGAAAGUGUUUUAUAUAAAUUAAAUUUAGAUAUAUUUGUGUAUUCAGUCAGUUUUUCUCACAAGAAGAAAAUGAUUGUGUGAGAAUCCCACACAUCUUAUGCAAUCUUUAUGAAAUUCCGAAGAGUGUAAAAGUGUAUUAAAUAGGAUAUCAUAAUAUUGCAAUUUCAUUUUCACACUGCAGACAUCACACUGUUGUACUUGUGCUAGGAGUUUAUCUUUAGGUUGUAGUUGAGGGAUGAGGUCAAUGGUUUUUGUUUUUUUUAUCCUUUCAAAAUGUUCCGACACAGAACUAAGUUUUAUCCCUAAAGCUUUAGAUGCACACUCACACAGGAUGCAUGUUUAUACAGCUUCAGCUUUGAUUACGCACAAACCAAACAGGUCCUCUGACGUCCUGUGGCUGAUUCGCAAAUGGUGCCAGUAUGAAAGUCUAAUCCAUGCAUCUCCAUGGUAUUUUAGGAUAUUUGGUGCAUUCAUUUCUAUGGUUUAGUUAUUUUAUAGUUAUUUAUUAAGUGACCGUAUUUACAUAUACACUAACAGUUCAAAUCUUCAGUAACUGCAUUUACCAAAACAAAGAAGAUCCACAUAAUUGGACUCUUGUGCGCUGUAUUUGUAUUGCAGCUCAAUUGCUGCAGGACAUAUCACAACAUGAUUGAUGUCACAUAUAUCCUGUAUAAAAGCAGGUGCAUAAACAAUGCAUUUAUUCAAUAACCACAGUAUGCAACAUUGCAUAAAAUGGCCAAAUUAACAAAUAUUCUUCUGCUAUGCAUGUAAACAGCUUAAUUAAAUUGGCUUUGAACAGGCAGUAAGACCAAUAAUUAGGUUGUAUGUAUGUAAAUGUCCUCACUGAGAUGUGCUGAGGGGACCUGAUAACAAACUUGUUAGCGAGGGAAACUGAAUACUACGGUUUUGAAAACAUUUUUAACAGCUAAGGGACUGUAUGCAAAUGAUUGGGGUGGGGAGAGGGGGCUGAAUCUUAUUUUAAAUUUUAUGAAAAGCAAAAUCCCAAUGCCCACAAAAUAAUAUAUUUUUGGUAAACAUAUCCUACCCUCUUUGUUUUUUUAACACAGAACUGCUAGGUCAACGGAAGCUCUCUGGUUUGUUGGACUUCAGCACAUUUCCCCCACAUUUCUGAUAACAAUAUAUCAGAUGAGGCUGACGGAUGACUGUAACACCCAAUCAAUUUCAGGAUGCCUGAAUCACAUGGCCGGGCAUGUUGGAGACAGAUGUUACAAAGAGUGCAGCAUUCAAUAUGAUAAUGAAAGCCAUCUGUGUGAUGUAACUUUUAUAUUUAAAAAAAAAAUACAAUAAAUCUCACAGGGGGAGAAUGAAUCUGGGAUGAGAAAAGGUUUAAAAAAAAAACGCUCCCCUGCCCUCCCAAAAAAAAGAAAAGAAAAAAAAAACAUAACCCUCCCCCUUCUCUGAUCGCCUCUAGGCCUAUACCACCCUAAAAAUUGUCAUACAGUCCCUAACUACAGCCCACAAAUGAAGUCGUCAAUAUUUUUCUCUAUUUGAAUUUUAAAACCUCACACCAAUGUAUAAAUGACAAUGUUCUAGCACUUUGAGUUGUUUCUGACCAAUAACAUUUAUUUUUUAAUUCUUAUUUAAUGCAUUUUGAACCAUCGUGUAGCACAAAAGCGUAAAAAAAAGUCAAAGUGUAUAUGCUUUUUUUUGCAACUGAGCUUUUUUAUUAUAACUGUAUAUUAUACUUUAGUAUAAACUACAGUAUACAAGUAGAAUGACAGAAACUAUAGUAUGCAGUCUGUUCUCCUCAUUUGCAUAACAGUUAACACAAUUCUAAUAUAAAGUGACACAUUACAAUGGUAUAUAAAAUAUACAGUAUACAUAUAAUGAUUAAUACUAUAUAGCCUAGAUAUCUAUAUACUCUUUUAUAAAGUGCCUCAUUUUUGAUUGUAGCUGUUUUUACACAGGUAAUCUGAAAAUGGGUUGUGAAAAUAGGGAAAGAGUGUUGUUUCCCUCCUGAGUCCAAAUUGUAAAUAUGUUGAACUUUACAGAAGACAGACAAGACACUUAUAUUGCUAUCAGUCAGCCAUAAUCAAAUUGCCUUACUGUGUUUAUCAGAAACAUGAAAAAAAAAACUUGUUUUAUUUUUUUGCAGUGCCUAACACUUCAACACUUCAGCCACAAUGUAAGCACUCCCUCGCUCUUUUGUUUCGUCAAGCUGAGGUUUGGCCAAAAAAAAGAAGAAAAAUACCAUAUUUUCUCUCCAUAGUUUCACACCCUGGGACGCAUCCACUUCAGGCCCUACUUUCUUUGUUUUUAUUUACUCCUGUCCACUACCAACCAAGCAUCCACUUGUUCAGGGUAAAAGCUGACGGCCUGUUGCAGAUGGAACAUCCUCCAUCUGAAGGUGAUUGUUAGCGGACACUGCAACAGAAAGCUUGCAGAAUACAUCUUGUACAUGAGGAUUCUACAUUGUAUAGAUUUUAUUGUAAAAUCAUUUUUUAAUGCCUUUCCCUGUUUUUACAGAAAGAAAAAAUGAAUUGAAGUUGAAGUUGCCAGUGUCUUGUAUAUAAAAUAAGUUGACCAUUGAUAAAACAGGUUCUUACUUAGACAGAACUUGAACUAUGUGCUCUAAUUUACUUGCAGUAUAUUUUGAACCCCAAAACAAUCAUAGAAAGAGGUGAUUUUAACUCCUCACAGCAGCCUGGACUAGUGUCUAACUGCUUAUCUGGGCUAAAACAGUAUUAACACGCUUAUGUAUUGCUCGUAUUAUCUGGAUGUGGAUUCAGUUCCCAGAAGGUGUGAAUAUUGCUACUUCUCUCUCUCUCUUUUUAUCUCUCUACAUUCAAACAUGGGACUUGGUCGAAACUAUGAGACAGUGCCAUUCCUGCUCACGCCUCAUUACUUUCUCAUUUAUUCCAUUCUGCUGCUGUCAAACAUAUUGCCAAAAAGUCUGUCAACAAUUCAAAGGUCUACCAUAAAGAUCAUUUUCAAAGAGUAGACACACAAAAUCAGUCAUCGAGCUGAUUUAAAAAAACAAACAACAACAAAACUUUCACUUGGACAGCCACAGGGCCAAAAAAAAAAAAAAGUUAAGUGUUUUUCUUAAGGUAGUGUGUCUUAUAGUUCAUGACUGGUUGCGUACUGUAUCCAGAGCUGCUGGUGGAGAGUUUGGCCAUGUUGUGACAUUAGUGAUACUGUAUAUUGAAUCAGGACGUGUUGAUAUAGAACAAAAUUGUCUACUGGAUAUGGUGUUGCAAUGCCAAACACUUCACUAAUUGCAGUGACCAAACCCUUCCAUUCCAGGGCUCUGGCUGUGUGUAUACAGGGUACAAAUGAAGAAGGCUUUCUUGAUGUAUUUUUGACUCUGGAGCUUUUCCCACAUUUAGAUUGAGUUUUUAGUUCACUAACCAAAUAUUUCUGACCCUGUGGCAGAUAUGAAAUGCUUCACUGCACUUGCACGCUGAUACACAUACAAAACAAUUGGAGUGUUUUAAUCCUGGAGGUAAAAAGGUUUAGAUAUUUACUCUGAUUCAGCCCUCAACUCACAUCAGAGUGUCCUUUCUGAUGUGAGUUGAGGGCUGAAUCAAGUGCCUGGUUGUGAUUACUGGUGUCUGGUCAUUAACCAGUUAUGUUUGAGUUAUCUCGGUGCAUAGAUAGAAAUUCAAACCAGCUCCUGGAAAACCAAGUCUUCCACACAUUUCUAUGAUAUUCAAUUUGAGAUGUGCGCAACACCUAUCCCUCAUUUCCUUUGCAAAGGACGUGUUUCUGGUGCCAACGUUUUAUGUGUAUGGUGAUCUCUGAGCUUCACACUUGAGAUCCGUGACACCAAACUAAUACAAAGUUUAAUUUGGUUUUUACAAAUUCUUCAGGCACUUAUCAGUCACUGUUUUUAAUCCUAUGAAGUAAAAAAAAAAAGUAUGUUGAUUGAGCACAGCCUACUACUGCCAACAGUUUAUGCUCAAUACUGACAACUUUAUUGCCAAACUCUUGUAUAACAAAUCCAACUACAUGGACUAGUUCCACUUUUAUAACUUGUGUUACUUUUUUGUUGAAGUGAUCUUUUAUAAUCUCUUUGUUAUUCCUUCAGUGUAACUCUUUUAAUUGGGGAUUAGUGAGAUUCUCUGACUGUACCUCAUAAUCUCAAUUUCGAACAGACGUUAACAGUUGGUAGUAAAGCACCUUGGAGAGUCUGAGAAGGGUUCAGGAUAUUACUGACGUAGGAGGAAGGCACGAAAAAAAGCUGUGGCUUUGGGUAAAUAUCAAUAUGUUUUGUAUUCAAAACUACUUUAACAGCGUGAGGCUCUCUGCAGUGUUUCCAUUCUCAUGACAUUGGCGGUCGUAUGGAAAAUGCUUCUCAUCUACGAAUCAUCAGAAUUCUGCCAAGUGUUUUGAUUUAAUGAAAUGCAGAGACUUGUGUUAUCUCUUCAGAACAUUUUGUGACAACAUGUUGAAAACAAGGCAGAUGAAUUGCUCAUCAGACUCUAACUGUGGGAAAUGAUACUGUAUGUACAAUCAGGAUAGCGAUUAUAAUUACAAUGGAAAGAGCAUUGUAUGUAUUUUAAAGCUAAUGAUACUACUUGAUAAUUAUGUAAAAUGCAAAAAGACUGAACAGGAACUAUAGGUAUGUAAAAUAUACUGUAGUGUGUAUAGAGGAGUUUUGCUUGUUAAUGGCGAAAUUGUUUAAAACAGAAUAUUGAUGAUUCUUGUCUGUGAUGUAGACAACGUCAAUGUUGUUUUUUUUUGAUAAAAGGCAAAGUGAUAAGAAAUUGGAAAAUUGUGUGUGUUUAAUGACUGCAUGUCUGUUGAACAUAAAAGUCUACAUUGAUGAUGUUUUGCAACAUGUAGUCAAGUGAGUCUAGACUGUUGUAAGCCAUUGAGUUUUUAAGGAUAAGCCUGUGGACAGAGGGCACAUGUAUCUAAUCCCAGGCUACUCUGUUUAAACAGAUGGUAUUUUGUUUAAGUUCAGAGGUGAAUACCAACAAAGUGAUGUUGUUUGACUAGCAUAUUUUUCCAUGAAAUCACCAAGAGAAUAACUUGCUACUGCCCAUUAAUAAGUCAUUGCAAUUAAUAGUAAUGCAUCAAAAUGUAAGGGAAUAAAUUCUGAUUUCCUACACUUC